UUUAGUAGGAAAGAUGAAGGGACUGUUCCAACACUUUUGGUGGUCAUUGUAGGUUUAUGUUAAAGUCCUUGGUUUUCCACGCUAAAUUACUUGACGGAGUUUCAUAAAUUUCACAAAAAUUCGUUUUCCUAACUCUCUUACCUAAUUUCGUGAAUUUUUUGUAAGCAAGUACUAAGAUUUCAAAUAGAUUUUGAAAUAAAAAUUUAAGAUUAUGUUUUGCGGUUGACUGCAAAAAAGUACUUAAAUGCUCACUUGCAUAAGAAUUUUCCCUGAGAAAAUGAUGCCGAAUAAUUUUUUCUAGCUUCUAAAAAAAAUUACAAAGAUAUAUACGUAAGGUUAAACAAUAAGAGUACAUUGCAAAAUGAAGCAGUACACCGGUUGAAAGGAUUGCACCGAAACUGAGCAAAUUGUUUUAGUCAGUGUAAGUUCUUUUCCUGACAAGAUGGCAAUUAUUUUUUAUUGACAGGUAACCACGGGGUGAGUCCAUCAUUUGCUUGCAAGAAAAAGUAUGUUUGCAAGCAGACGUAGGUUGGUAAGAUAUCGUAUGUUUGUAAGAAAACGCAUGUUUGUAAGCAAAAGUUCGUUUGUAAGUUGUGAUCGAAGGUAUGAUUGUAAAAAUGUAAUGGAAAAGGAAACGUCCUCAUGCAUGUAAUCAGGAUCUUGAGAGUGCAUUUCAGUGUUCAAAUAGGACUCUACAAAAAGUUACCAUUAUGUUUUGACAAUCAGAAUAUGUCCUUGAACGCGUCUGAUGUCGUAAAUGAUACAUGAAAUGAGCAAAAAUAUAACGCUUUUCAGCCCGUCGUUUGCCUAGUUCUUUGCAUUUGGUGUUGGUAGUUGACCCUACGUUAAAAGUUAGCUUCAUGAUAAAUAUGGUAAUAUUCACAUUUUGGUGAAGAAAUAUCGCCAAUUGUGCUGAACAUUGUUAUGGUUGUGAAUUCUGAUUGAUUAUGACUGGUUUUUUUCCUUUUUUUAACGGCUUGUGAGAUUCGGAAAUUACGCAUAAAUUAAUUUUGGUAAAAAUAAUUUGCGUGUUUAUCAAAACCAUUUUCAAAUUUUGUAUCAUCAAAAAGUUGUAAAAUAAAAUCUAUGCAAAAUUCUUCGCUUGGUGACAAUUGAGCUUAUGGGAAACGCAAAAUGUCUGAUGCGCUUGAGUGACGUUCUUUGUGACGUGUUACAAACGUUGGGUUGUGAAAGGUAUUAGACGACUAAUUGUUAAUUGAUGACGCAACUCGUCACCAGUCCUUUUAUAAAAACAAUAUAUUUUCUGGCGAUUAACUACCAGACUGAGUUUCAAGCAGUAGAUGCUGUUAAUUAUCAGGUUAGUUGUUUUAAAUCAAUCUUUUAACAUUCUAUCGAUAUUUUGAAUUCUUGCUUGAACUUUCCUUUUAACACGUUGAAGCAUUAAAUGGUAUGCCACGUUACUUCAGAGAAACGCGACUUUGUGUAUUACAAGGCCUAAUUGAGCUUUAAGACUAAGAUACGCUUACAAGAAAAGGGGUUUUAGCACUUCUAGUUAUUUUUAUCCUCAACAUUAUGCGAAAUAUUUUAAGUAUAUAGAUAUUUCUCCCGAUCGAGAUUUCUUGUACUUUGGCAAUAUUUUCACUCGCUACAUUGACUUGAUAACGGGUUACUCUUGAAACGUCGUUUUCUUUAUUUCGCUUAUUUUCAUCGUACAAUAUCAAGUUAUUUUAAAGUCAUAUUGUUGCAUUAUAUUGUAAGACACACAAGUUGGUAUAUUUAUGGAGACUACUUUGAGAUAGGUAUCUUGUGGUAGACGGGUGCAAUCAUUUUUGAACUUCCUUAAAAUUAUGUUAUCAUUUGAUCACGACUCUGAAGAUGCUGUGGAUAAAACUGCAAUGACUGGAAAAACAGACAGACGAGUAACAAUUACUACUAGCCAUCCAACUGACGAGAAGAAACAAAAAGGUUUGUUGGACAGCAAGCACAGGUCACAAUCGCUGGCAUUACGUCAUCAUAACUCACCGAAGCAGUCCUUACUUGGCAGUCUUAAUGAGGACAGAUUCUCUGAAGAUUUUGAAGAGGCAAAUAGCGAAAGAGAAACCUCACGAAGUUUCAGAGGAUUAUCAAAACACUUAGAUGAGAAUGGUUCGGUGAACUUUGCAGAGGAAGAGUAUGAUGAAGAGCUGGAUUAUCAUGGAUUUGACAAGGAGCUUGUGGACUGGUCUCAACAUCUGCAGAGGAUCCAUGCGAAAAAGGCAGAAAAAAAAUGUGAGAGAACUCCAAUGGGUGAAUAUAUCAUACCACAAGAUGGCAAACCGUUGACGCAGCAAGCACUUGCUACACCAGGACCAUCCGACUACAGUCCCAAAGUAGGACUAAGCAAGCCUUCAGCUCCACAUUACUCUAUUGUGGGUAAAACCAAACAUAACCAAGAACAAAACUUUCCUGGUCCUAGCAAAUACCAAACAGGCACUGACCUAAUUUGGAAAAACAAAACAAUAACUGUGAAAGGUAAAGGCACUAUGGUUAGCGUGAAACAAGAUAGAGGAGACUGGGACGAGUCCGUUGGUCCUGCUACUUACUACGUCAAACAUGGAAAUCUCGGUUCCGCUGCGCCAAAGCACGCCAUCGGCAUGAAAGGGGUUUUCUGUAGUGGUCCGCCGGAUUCGCUCGUUCAACCAGUUGAUACACGAGGCUUUAGUACGCCAGGUCCUGCCGAAUACCACCCAAAACUAGCUUAUUGGGGUGACAGAAUGGAAAAGUCCUUUGGAUUAUCACCGAAGAAAAGAGAACCAAAAUCUUUACCAGGCCCAGCAGAGUACAAUAUAUCCAGAGAUCGAACUCAUGGUCCAUCAUAUUCAUUUGGCACAAGACUCAAGGAAAACAUCGUUACAGGAUCACAUACACCGGGGCCUGGUGCCUACCAAAUCGGAACGACAAUCGGAAAAUCCGUGGCAAAAUCAAUAGCUGGACGCCAGAUCUUCAAAAACAAUGACAACCGCCCAAGCCCAAAUACGUAUAUACUGCCUAGUUCAUUUGGCAAGACUAAUAUGCUCACGAUGACUUAUCGUCCCUUUGAAACUGCCGUGGAAGCCAGUCCAGGCCCGGCGGAGUAUGAGCCAAGAAACGAGAAUCUGCGCAAAGGGCCUGAAUUCACCUGCGGGCGCCGUUGUCGGUUGAGUUACCCUGAUGUCUUGCAUCACUGGGAUCAAGCUCGCAAUUUAAACCCAGAUGUCAGUCCACUCUCAUACAAUCCAAACCGCGACUUUUCCAAGAACGAUAAGCCCACCUACUCUAUCGGAAAAAGAUUUAAGGAAAAAAAUGCGGACAGUCCCGGACCAGCAUCCUAUAACGUAAGUGUCGCCAAACAGCAAAAGGGAACAAAACAACCUUCCUUUUCAAUAGGAAAGAGAAUCGAGAAGAAUAUUGUCAAAGAUGGACCAGGGCCAGCUGCGUAUUAUCCGGAACCGAAAAUUAAUGGACCAAGCUACAGCAUGAGUGGAUGGAAUGUGAAAAAACGAGUAAUAUCGAGUUACCCGGCUGCAAACGCGUACACUGUUGGAAGCAAUCAAACACGAAAAGGUUUGGGUAAAGGACCAUCCGUGACCCUAAAAGGAAGGCCUAGUCCAUUUCUUUAUUCUGGAUUUAGUAGGCCAAUACAAGCAUGAAGAAUCCGCUCAGAAUAUUUUUGUUAAGAAACAGAUAUAUUAUCUUUAAACUUUGAGUUGGAAUGAAACCUGCUAUGGCAUUAUUUGUUAAAAAUGAGAACUGGCAUGACAAAAUGAUGUUAUUUCUGGUACAAAGUAUUUCUUGAGUUAUGUCACAUGUUGAGAAAUUGACCUAAUAAAUUAUUAAUUUAAACAAUAUUAAAUGACCGACGAACUGAAUUCUCUUUAAAAUGUUUAUAAUCUUUGGAAAAGAGAGCAGUCAGAUGAAUUAAUUGUUUCGCUUUUGCAAACUUCUAAAUGUUCUGCGAAAUGGAACAGGAGAAACGGGACAAGGUGUCAAAGCAAGGCAUAUACGGAACAGUUUAUUGUAUACACGACUUUAGUUGAUGUCUUUGUGCAAGUUGUUUCUUUGCUCCUAUCCAGAACUUUUUAUUUCUUAUUACAAAAUGUAUUGGACCGACCCUUAGUUUAUAUUCUCUCCAAACAAACUUGGUAAUGCCUUUUCUCCAUUUUAUUGAGUAGACUUAAUAGGCAGAUUUAGAAAUUCCCCUUUUUGACAUUUUUAUGUGCCUAAAAUCGUGAAGCUAGAGAUAUUUUUCUAAGUUAGUUAAAUUAUGACGUAAAUCUGACGUCAUUCGGGUCACUCUUUAAGUUUCUCAGAAUGCAAAUAAGAAGCUCUCGACGAUUGUUUGCCAAUAGUGCGUAUAGUGAACUAAUCAGUUCGAAGCAAAUACUCGAAAAACAGCCGAAGCACUAGGCCAAAGUCAAUUAACAUUGAUGGGCAAUAAAUGAAAAAGGCGCAAAAUGAUCAAAACAAACUAGAAUCAUGGUAUGAAUUUAAACAGGUCGUAUGGAAAUUAACUCAACACGAUAAUUUUACUUGUUACAACCCAGUGGUUGCUUUCGCAAGCUACUUUAAGGCCCUUUUGACUGUAUAUGAUUCUCGAGUAAGCAAGCAGCUCACAGCGAAAGAGAGACGAACAUUGUUCGCUAUAGUGUGAUCAAUUACAUUCGUUUUUUCUGUUUUCCUCAGAAAGGGCAACUAUUUAGCCUAAAAACCUAAUGCAUUCCUCAAUUUUGCAAUUGAAACCGUCCUAUCAUGCUCUAUACAACAGUGAAGUCAUAUUUUAUCUCAUUUGACACGAGAGGCACUUCAAAAGAGGGUCCAUUGGUGUAUUCCAGCGACGUGGAGUGUUUGUAAGCUAGAAACCUUCGACUCAUGGGUCGCAUUACGAAUUUUGGCCAUUUUGGUAGCGUUGUAUUUGCAUUUAUCAGAAUAGAAACGGAUUAAAAGAUAGGAGUUCAGAGCGUGAUAUUGGAAAAAUGCGAUUCGGCAAUUUCAACAAAUUUCAACAAAAAAACUAGUGGCAUUAUACAGCUCACGUACUCAGCCGCAUAUGUCCAGCAGUUUUCGAGACAGCUGUUUCUUCACAUCCCAAAAGAUGCCGCUAAUUGCAUUGAUGCCGCUCCGCUUUCCAGAUGUUUCGUUCUCCAGUUCUCUGACCGAAAAUAGACAUAACGUAAAAACUGACAUCAAAAUACCUGACCUAGAUUAACUGUGACAAAAAUAAAAAUUUCGUCGUUUCAAGUGGUAUUGAAUGCCCUUUGAUUUUGAUUAUGACAUCAGGCCGUAACUGAGUCAAAAAUUAUCCGUAUUGCAAAACGUUUUCAUUUCUGAAAAAUAAUGAAUGAUAAGUGAAGGCUUCUGUAGAUUAACAUUUCAAUUCGUCCCGCUCACUGUCGGCGCAAAAAGUUCUACAGCAUGGCAGUAUCGACGCAAGACAAUCCUGAUCCUUGGCAAUGGCGGCACAAGCUACUAGGCCAUGUCUAUUUAACUGUGGGGACAAACAAAUUUAGGCCAUGCCAAAUUUACUACCAAAAAACGCCAUUUCACCAACAGGGAGUGCAAAUUUUACUAAUAGGUGGCGCCCAUUAAUCAUUUUU